UGUUGCUCCUAGACGUUUCCACUUUACAUUAACAGCACUUACAGUUGACUACCCCCUAACUCCCAAAACCUGACCCCUACCCCCUAACCUUUAGACUGGAGGGAGAGUGAUGGUCGUGAGCCCAGGAGAAGAGGGCACAUAGAGGCUAUGGAGCGCUUGCUGCAACAGGUCCGCGCUACACACACACACUACAGCUGCGGAGACACAUCAAAGCUCCAGAACCCAAGCCGUAAGCAGUCCGUUUCCAGAAGUCUCAAGCACCUGUUUAACUCUUCAAACAAGUUCGUCAAGACACUCAAAAGGGGGGUUUACCUGGCGGCAGUGUUUUACCACAAAGACAGUGUUCUGGUGACCACAGAGGACCAGAUCCCUAUAGUGGAGGUGGAUGACUCCUAUGGCAGCUCUCUCAUGCAGGACUUCCUCUGGUUCACUAAGUUGUCAUGUAUGUGGGAGGAUGUGCGGUGGCUGAGACAGAGUAUGUCUGUCUCCAUGUCCUCCUCCUCCACUCUACAGGCCAGACAGAAGAUGCUGUCUGCCGCUGGGCAACUACAGAAUCUGUUAGGCACACACAACCUGGGGCGUGUCCACUACGAGCCCAUCAAGGAUCGUCAUGGUAAUGUAUUGUUAUUGACGAUCAGGGACAUGGAAAGCCAGUACUCCUUCUUCAAUGGGAAGUGGAUGCAGGUGUCCAAGCUACAGAGCCAGAGGAAGAGUCUGUCCACACCUGAAGAACCCUACGCGCUGGACAUACUGCUAAUAACCAUACAGGACAUCUUGGCCUACCAGAGGCGUAGCCAGCAUCGCCUGGUCCCAGGUCUGUACCUGGGCUACCUGAAGCUCAGCAGCUCUGUAGACCAGAUCAGGGUGCUGGUACCACAGAGGAUGCCCAACAUGCUGUGCCACGCGCGGAUACGAGACAACGCCAAUGUCUCCAGGGAGGAGUGGGACUGGCUGCAGAGACUGUCAACCCUAGAGGAUGGAGAGGAGAGACCGGCGAGAGAGAGAGAGGAGCAGAUCAAAUAACAGACAGUAACACACCGCUCCUCUACUACGAGCUACAGACUUCCCUCAAGGCCCUGCUCAAACUCAUCAACCUACCUCUGCACCAGGCCAAGCACUUCCGUAUCUACACUCACGAGGUGUUGGAGUUGGGUCAUAAUGUUUCCUUUCUGCUGCUGCUGCGGCUG